AUGAGCACAGGACAAAUUACACACUUAUUUGUUGCAACAACAACAAAUAAGGUUAUAAUUCAUGAUAAUGAAACAGUUCUUAAUAUAAAUGAAAAAAUUCGUGCAUUGGAAGUAACCACAUUGGAUAAGACACAUGAUGCAAUUAUUGUUGGUACAAUAAGUGGUUUAUUAAUUUAUGAUGCUUACAAUAAUACAACAUUAAUUCAACGUGAAAUUAUUGAUGGUGUCAAUUGCAUACAGGUGGGAAAAUUUAACACCUAUGAUAAGCUUAUCUUUUGUGGUGGCAAUUGUGCUGUCUGGGGUUUAGAUAUCGAGGGAAAUGAUGCCUUCUGGACUGUUACUGGUGAUAAUGUCUUAUCACUUUGCUUAUCAGAUAUCGAUAAUGAUGGUUUGAAUGAGCUUAUUGUUGGAUCAGAAAGUUUUGAUAUUCGUAUUUUCAAGAAUGAUUUGUUACUUUAUGAAAUGACAGAAACGGAUGCCAUAACCGGAUUAUGUGAUUUGGGUGAUGGUAUUUUUGCAUAUGCCUUAAUGAAUGGUACAUUAGGUGCAUAUAGUGGAAAUACACGGUUAUGGAGGAUAAAAAGUAAAAGUCAGGCUGUAGCAUUAAUACAAUUUCCGGAUCCUAAAGCUUUGGUAUGUACAUGGAUCCAUGGUAAGAUUGAUAUGAGAGAUCCAGUAACAGGUGAAGUAAAAUUAAAAGAAUCAAUCAAUAAUCAGAUUGCUACUACCUUUAUUACCGGUGAUCAAUUAAUUGUUGUUUCUACGGAUGGAAAUGUUCAUGGUUUUAUAAUUGAUAAGAAACAAAAUAGAAUUAAUGAUAAGCAAAAUUUAUUGCAUGAACUUAAUCUAAAAAAAUAUGAUUUAUUGACAGAAUUACAAAACUAUGAACAAUGUAGAAAUAAUGCAUUAUCAAAUGAGAAUGAGGGAAUAAACAAAUCAUUCCGGUAUGUUUCACGUUUUAAGCGUAUUUAG